UCGCCCAACCGUUUCCUUCCUCCUCUGCUCUCUCUUCUCUGCUCUGCUCCGCUCCCGACGACGGCGGCGACGGCGCGGAGACACCGGAUGGCGGGCAAGGGCGAAGGCACGUCGUAUUCGAGCUGCUGUGCCUGUGCUCCACGGCCGGCAUGGUCGCCCUGCGUCUCCUCCGCCGCUGGAACCGGAAGCAAGCGCCACCGGCUAGCUUGGAUCAGGCAGGCGGCAGCGGCAUCCAUCACCGGCGGACCAUCAAGGCGCCGUUGUCCAUCCCUGCAUCCGGUCAGGGGAUGGCCGAGACCGCCCUCGGCGCCGCACAAUGGGUGGUGUGCAAGGCGCUAGCCCCCGUUGCGGAUGGCGUGCUGGAGGCUUGGGCGGCCAGCAGGACAUUUGGUCUCAACAUCCAGGCCCUCAGAGCGGAACUGGAGAAGGUGCAGGCCACGCUCGAAAUAGCUGCCACCAAGGAGCUCCCCGGGCUUGCCACGGAGAAGAUGCUGCAGAAGCUGUGGGACUCGGCGCACAAUGCCGAAGACUUGCUGGACGAGCUGGACUACUUCCGCAUCCACGACGAGCUUCACGGCACGUACGAUGCUGCCGACCAGCCCGGCGACGGUGUCCUUCGUGACCUCGCCUGUGAUGCUCGCCACACAAUCAAAGAUCUUGGCAAACUGAUCAACUGUUUCCCAUGGCAGCGUGCUGAGCUCCAGCAGAGGUCAUGUGGCGAUUCAUUCUCAGCAUCAGACACCAACCAGGAGGUCAGCGGAUGCAUGUCCAGCCUCGGUAAACUGCUCCUUUCCUCAUGUUCUCCACAUCCACAUGUUCGUGGUGAUGAAGAUCGUGGCAAUGCGCAAGAAGAACCAAUGCCUGAGUUUAAUAGGGCUGAUUUCUCCCAAAGGAUGAGGGACACUGUAGAGCAACUAAAGCUUAUGCGUAAUGAUGUUAAGGAUAUUCUGCAGACUUGUGGCCCUAGAACUGUCCUAGACAUUGCUCAGCGUCGUGCCACCACCACACCUCAGAGUUCAGAGCCAAAACUGUAUGGGAGGGACCAUGUCAUGAAUAAUUCGAUACAUGAUAUCACCGAGGGUCAAUACUGUGACAAGGGUCUAACUGUGCUUCCGGUUAUUGGUCCGGGGGGAAUGGGGAAGACAACUAUGAUACAACACAUAUAUAACAACCAACAAGUGCAGAAUCAUUUUCCAGUCAGGAUUUGGAUAUGUGUGUCGUUCAAUUUCAACCUGGGUAAGGUGCUAGAACAGAUUAAAGAAGAUACCCUUACGGUAGAAGGUGAAAAUGGGUGUAGUACAACACAAGAGCUGAUUGAACACAGAUUGAAACACAAAAGGUUCUUACUUGUAUUGGAUGAUAUAUGGCAGUUUAAUGAUGUGGAUGACUGGAAAAAACUAUUAUUGAUACUCGGCAAGUCACAAGAAAAGGGUUCCAUGAUUCUAGUCACAACUCGGCAAAAAGAAAUAGCAGACCAGGUUAAGAAAAGUGCAGAUCCAAAAGAAUUGAACGGUUUAGAACCUGGAGAGUUUAAGAAGUUAUUCCUUGUAUAUGUCUUUGAUGUUGAGAAAUGUCCAGGGGAUAAACGGUUUUUGCUUGACACUGGAGAUAAGAUAAUGGGAAAACUAAAGGGUUCCCCUCUUGCAGCAAAGACCGUUGGUAGAUUACUGAGGACAGACCCUAGUUUGGCUCAUUGGAGAAAGGUCCUAAACAGUAAACAAUGGGCGAAACAGACCAAUGGAAUUAUGCUUGCCUUGGAGCUUAGCUAUGGCUUUCUCCCUUUCCAUUUGCAACGGUGUUUUUCCUAUUCUGCAUUAUUUCCUGAAGAUUACCGUUUCAGAAGCCGUGAGCUCAUCAGCCUAUGGAUCGGACUAGAUAUUUUGACACCUUCCGAUCAAAACCCAACCUUUGAAGGCAUAGGUCUGAGCAUUUUGAAUGAUCUAGUCAUCCAUGGAUUUUUCAGAGAAUAUAAAACUGAUGGUGGUCUCCGAUAUGUUAUGCAUGAUUUACUGCAUGAGUUGGCAUUGAAGGUUGCAUCACAUGAUUGUCUUCGUUUUCGUCUCCCUGAUGUUGGAUCGGUAGAAAUUAAGCCAUCCACCCGACACUUGUCUAUAAGCAUAGAGAACUUGGGUGAAUAUAAUGGUCAAAAAUUAAAGAGGGAAUUGGAAAAACUGAAGACAAGAUUGAAGGUUGAACAUUUGCAAACACUGAUGUUAUUUGGAGCAAUGGAUGAAGGUUUUGCUAAGAUAUUUGGUGAUUUUCUCAGGGAAGCAAAUGCUCUUCGUGUUCUUUAUUUGCCCCUCCUGAAGUAUCCCGUGGAGUCCAUGGUACAUAAUUUUUCAGGACUUGUCCACCUACGAUUCCUAUGUGUAGGGUGUUUACCAAUUAACAUCUCUAAAUUUUAUCAUCUAAGGGUUCUAGAUCUUAAGUCAUGGUCUGGCAGUGGUGAUUUUCCUGAAGACACGAGCAACCUUGCAAAAUUGUGCCAUUAUUAUACCCCAAGAGAUGAUAAGCUUCAUUAUGAUAUAUGUAAUGUGGGAAAACUUCAGCUCUUGGAAAAGUUGAAGGUAUUUCGGGUCAAUAAAAAAAAUAAAGGAUUUGAACCAAAGCAACUAGAGCCAUUGACCAAGCUAUGGGAGCUUGGCAUCUACAACCUUGAGAAAAUACAUACAAAAAAAGAAGCAGCUCAAGCAAAACUGAUUGAGAAAAAAUAUUUGAGGAGGUUAACAUUGGAUUGGGAUAGUAAGCGAUCUAGUGAUGAGCCUGGUGUGGAAACAAUGGUUCUUGAGUGCUUUCGACCACAUGAAAAUCUUGAAGUGUUGUGCAUUAGAGGGCACAAAGGCCCCACUUGUCCAACAUGGCUGGGUGAUGAGCUUGCUGUUGAAGCACUACAAUCUCUUUGUCUUGUUGGUGUUUCUUGGAAGGUUUUCCCUUCUUUACAGAACCUGGGGGAUCUUUGUGAGCUUGAGAUACAAGACUGUCCAGAAUUCUCGUCCGUGAUUCCCGCCUCCUGGAUUGAGAGUUUGCACCGCAUCACGAUUGAAUGUGUCAAGCUACUAAAGAGGUUUGCAUACUCAAGAUCAUUGAAUGGAGCACAACUGGAAAUCAUUGGAUGGGGUGAUCUGCAAAGCUUAGACCAAGUGUUAGUUUUCGAUAAAGAAAUAGGUCUUGAGAAGCUGACACUCGAGAGAUGCCCACCUUUGGAGUUGAAGCACCUUCUGAUGCUAACCUCGCUGAAGACACUGAUUGUAAGGCAUUCAGAUGGUCUGGCUGGUCUGGCUGGACCACUAGGAGGUCUGGGUGAUGUGGAAUGGCAGCUCCCUGUUGAGCACAUCGAGAUCUGCCACUUAAAUGGUACUAAUAGUUGGAAUGAAUUGACAGAGCUCUUCCCACACCUCCCAAAGCUCUCCAAAUUGGAGAUACGGGAUUGUAAAAACAUAAAACAGCUGGUAGUGGGGGUGGAUCUGCGACAAACAGCAUCAGAGAUGGGGGGAGGUGAAAUAACAGCAGCAACAGAGGAAGAGGGUGAUGGAGUGCUGCUCUUCCCAGCUCAUCUCUGUGACUCACUACAGAAAUUGAAGUUCCUUUUCUGCCCAGAGCUGGUCCUGGUGAACCCGCCAACUCUUGUUCCUGGAGGAGGAUGGCUCCAAGCCUUGCGAUCCCUCCAGAGAUUAAGCAUAAAGUAUUGCCCAAAGUUUCUAUCCACCUUCUCGUUUUCCAGUCACAUUUUCCCUUCCUCCCUGCAAUUCCUGGAGCUUACAAAAUUAGAAGGGAUGGGGACACUAGAGCCUCUCUCAAACCUUUCUUCUCUUACCAGAUUAGUAUUGGAAUUUUGUGGAAAGGAUCUGAAAUGUCAGGGAUUGCAGUCUCUCCUUACCACCGGGGGCCAGCUCAAUGAAUUGGAAGUCAGGGGAAGCCAUAUAUUCUUUGCUAAUUGGAAUCCAAAUCCCAGACGGACUUUGGAGGAUGUUGAAGGAGGAGAAGAGCAGCCAACACAGCUUGUUUCAUCCACACUGCGGAAGCUUUGCACAGAUGACACAGCAGGGCUCCUUGCUGCACCAAUCUGCAGCUUCCUUUCUUCCUCUCUCACCAAGCUGAAACUUCAUGGGUAUGGGCAUGAAGGGAUGGAGCGCUUCAGCAAGGAGCAAGAGGACGCCCUUCAGCUCCUCUCCUCCCUCCAGAAACUUGAGUUUAGGCAUUUCCGCCAUCUUCAGCAAAUCCCUGCAGGGCUAUGCAACCUUACCAGCCUCAAGAUGUUAUCAAUCAACCACUGUCCUGCCGUCUCGUCAUUGCCCAGCGAUAGCCUCCCCAAAUCACUGGAAAAGCUAGAUGUCUACGACUGCAGCGAGGUGCUAAAACGGCAGUGCAGGUGGAUGUUGGGAACCAUCCCCAAAAUCAUAAGAGGAUGAUCCAAGGACAAUGCCUUGGAGUUCCCUUGUACAUUCUUCUAGCCCUGUAGUGCUCUGCUCUUUCCAUACAUACACACUUGCCACAUGCGUGGCAUGAGGGUCUUGUGGACGCUGUCUUCCUUCCUGUACAGAUUAUCAGGUGUUCGUUCGAUCUUGUAGGCUUCUUCAUAUUUGCAUUUUAAAUUUGGGUUAUUGUUAUUCAUCAAAACGCGGUAGUCUACUUGCAUAAUUUGGGUUUCACAAUCAGAAUUAUGGAAUAAAUGAGAAUAUGAGUCAAGAACUGAAGAAACUCAUAUUAAGGUCUUCUUGUGCUUCUGAUGGCUUUCUGCUACUUUGCUAUUAGUACCACUUGUGUUUAUAGUUCUCCAAAGCUCAUGAAGACUUGGUGGUGUAUCUGGAAAGUUCAGUUUUGAUGUUCAAAAGGUCAUCAUGGCAUAAUUAUGGAAAGCACUCAGUUCUCAGUGUUUUGCCACCAAUAAGAUAUUAUCAAUCUGUUAUCUUGGUGAAAACUGCAGUGCAGUCUGGGGAAUCAUUUGUGCAUUUGACGUGAUACAGCAUGGGCCACUGAAACUACGAGUUGGUCCCUAAUUGGUCUGCAAAUGGAUUCUCCCUCUGAAGUGUCUCAUGUAUAUACAGCAGUGUCAAUCUCCUUGGGAGCAACAGAUUGAGUUGGGGAAACCGGGAAUGUUGUCAAACUGCAUGUGCACCAAUCAAAUUCCAUCCUAACUCCUAAGCAUAAACUGGUCGCUCAGAAAUUGCUGCAGUCGUUGCCAAUAGCACCCCCCAAGGCACAGAUCAAGUAGUUGUUGCAAGAAAUAUUUCGAAGGUGGCUGCCGCAUUGUGCAAGAAAAAUAGCACGGUCUUGAGCCCCACAUACCGGAAGAUGCAGCUGACAACUCGCACUGUAAAGCUGUGAGUAAUUGGAGAAGGCUUAGAUGCUGCUGGAAUGUUGAGGGCGCUGAAAGGUACCGGAUCUAUGACGCCAUGCUCACAGAGGUAUGCAAGGACUGAUAUACACACCUACUUGACGUCUCUGGCAGCGGGUGUACCUAAAUACUGCACAGAGUUCAAUGAUGUGAGGGGAGGGAUAAAAUUGUAUUAUCGUAUCAUUUAUACGAUCCAGUGGGAACUCAGGGGCUAAUACACUAGCUGGCUCCACCCUCCAUGUUGUUAUCAGGUUAACCGAGUUGAAAACGUUCCAGAAUUGGCUGCCAAGGAGAGGCUCCUGAUUUGACUUGCGCAACAGGUCCGCGGGGUAGUGGUUAUGCAGUUAUAUGCUAGCUGGAGCCAUGCUAAAGAAGAGGAAGCAGACACAUUGGCUAGGCUAGGUGGUACGUAUAUCUGAAGCCUGACGCCCUGUGACGUCGCUCAGACUUGAAUUGUCGCCAUGAUUAAUGGUCAGCCCAGCUUGUUCUUCCCAAUUAACAAAGGAAUGGUGCUCUCGAAGUCUUGCCCUUGAGCCCUCCCAUUCCAUGCGCGCACUCCUGGCGCCUGCUUACCGGAGCACGACAGAUGUGCCGCACCCGCUGCAGUGAAGAUAAACCGUUCUUUCUUAUGCACACAGUCAUAAUAAUCCGGGGACUUUGUAAACCGUUCUUCCUUAUCCACGCUGCUGGCAGAAGCGUAGCCGUAGCCUGUGGCCAGAAACCAGGCUGCAUCUUCUGAAGAAAUCAACACUUGUCAUGUUGUUAACUGAAGAAAGCGACACUUUUCAUCUUGUUAGCUGAAGAAAUCGACACUUCUCAUGCUGUUAACUAAAUGAAAUCGACGCCAGCAGUCGGUUGGCACCAAACUGGGUGUUUUGCUUGAGGGCAAAAAGUGUUUUGCUAGGCCAUAGGGUUUCGCCUGCCUCUACUGUACUGCCUCACGCGAGAGAUAAACAAAACAGGAACAGUUAAAUUGUGGCAACAUGUAAAGAUGAACAAAAUAGGUGCUCAUGUUUUUUCCAGCAGCAGGAAACAACUGUUGAUCUGCUCAGCUGAUGAUUUCAUGCCA